AUGGCUCAUACACUACCACUUCAGUUUCUUACUGUACUCAUUUUCUUCAUUAUGAAUGGCCAGGUCAUCACUGCAAGAGACUUGAAGGCGGUGUUGCGAGAUCACAAACAAGGGGAUUCGGAUGAAGAAUCUUAUAUUGCUGGGUAUAGAACUCGUAUCCACGGUUCCAAUGAACCUUACCUCACUUCCUAUGGUAACCAUGAAACUAAGAAAUUUGAUUACAUUACUGGAUAUAGGACUCAUGCCCAAGAUUCCAAUGAACCUUAUCUAACUGGUUAUGCUAACCAUGAUAUUAAGAAAUCUGAUUACAUUACCGGAUAUAGGACUCAUGCCCAAGAUUCCAAUGAACCUUACCUCACUUCCUACGGUAAUCAUGAUGCUAAGAAAUCUGAUUACAUUACCGGAUAUAGGACUCAUGCCCAAGAUUCCAAUGAACUCUACCUAACUGGCUAUGCUAACCAUGAUGAUAAGAAAAUCGAUUACAUUACUGGAUAUAGGACUCAUGCCCAAGAUUCCAAUGAACCUUACCAGACUUCCUACAGUAACCAUGCUGCUAAGAAAUCCGAUUACAUUACCGGAUAUAGGAAUCAUGCCCAAGAUUCCAAUAAACCCUACCUAAAUGGCUAUGGUAAUCAUGAUGCUAUGAAAUCCGAUUACAUUGCCGGAUAUAGAACUCAUGCCCAAGAUUCCAAUGAACCCUACCUAACUGACUACAGUAACCAUGAAGUCAAGCAACCAAAUUAUAUUACCAAUUAUAGGACUCAGAGCCACAACUCCAACAAACCAUACAUAACUAACUACGAUAACCAUGAACUCAACCAACCAGAUUACAUUACCGGGUAUAGAACUCAUGCCCAUGAAUCCAAUGGACCGUACAUAACUUCCUAUGGUAAACAUGAAAGCAAUCAACCUUACAUAACACAAUAUAGACCACCUUCCCUCAAUCUAAAAGGCCUCACAUCUCUAAACUCAAAAGAUAUAGAAGGACACGCAUCUCCCAAUAUGGAUCGCACAGAAGCUUUCAAGACAGGAUUUUUCAAUUUGGAUGAUAUUCAUGUUGGAAAUGUAAUGACCCUCCAAUUUCCAGUCCAAGAGGUUUCUCCUUAUCUACCAAAAAAGGAGGCAGACUCCAUUCCUCUCUCAAAGUCACAACUCCCAAGUGUUCUACAACUCUUCUCAAUCUCUGAAGAUUCAACUCAAGCCAAAUCCAUGAGAGGAACACUUGAAGAAUGUGAAGGAGAAACCAUUACUGGAGAGACAAAGAUUUGUGCCAACUCUCUAGAGUCGAUGCUCGAAUUCGUUGACACAAUCAUUGGUUCAAAUACCAAGCAUAAUAUUCUCAGUACUAGCAAGCCAUCACCUACAGCUACCCAUCUACAGAAAUACACCAUUUUGGAAGUAUCACAUGAUAUCCAUGCUCCCAAAUGGGUAGCUUGCCAUCCCCUACCUUAUCCAUAUGCCAUUUACUAUUGCCAUUACAUAUCUACGGGGACUAAAGUGUUCAAAGUCAUGCUUGUUGGUGAUGAUAAUGGAGACAAAAUGGAAGCUCUUGGCAUUUGUCAUUUGGAUACAUCUGAUUGGAACCCAGAUCAUGUUGUCUUUAGGCAGCUUGGAAUUAAGGCUGGGAAGAAUACUCCAGUGUGUCACUUUUUUCCUGUAAACCAUCUUUUGUGGGUUCCCGUGGAACCUACAAAAGCCACCGUAUGA